AUGCUUUGUUCCUUCUUUCUUUCUUUCUUUCUUUCAUUCAUUCUUUCUUUCUUGCUUAUGCAUUGUUGCUUCUUUGUUUUUCUUACUUUCAUUUAUUUUUUCUUUCUUUCUUGUUCAUGCUUUGCUGCUUUUUCUUUCUUUCUUUCUUUCUCAUUGCUUCUUUCUUUCUUACUUUCAUUCUUGCUUUCUUUCUUUUUUCUUUCUUUCUUGUUCAUGCUUUGCUGCUUCUUUCUUUCUUUCUUUCUUGCAAAUACUUUGUUGUCACAUAGUUCUUACUAUUGGACUGAUUGUUUCUUUCUCUUUAUUGUCUUGCUGCUAACACUUUGUUUCUCCUUUCUUUCUUUCUUUCUUUCUUUCUUUCUUUCUUUUCUUUCUAUUUCUUCUCUAUUUUCUUAUCUAUUUCUUUCUUUCUUUCUUUCUUUCUUUCUUUCUUUCUUUCUUUCUUUCUUUUUUCUUCUUUCUUUCUUUCUUUCUUUCUUUCUUACCGCGCUUCUUUUCGUUCAUUUGUUCUUUUUCUUCUUAAGGUUCUCUCCCAGUCUCAAUCCAUUUUCUUUCUCUCUUUCUUUCUUUCUUUCUUUCUUUCUUUCUUUCUUUCUUUUCAUCGGACUUUUUUAA